ACUACAUUAAUUACACAAAAAAGUCCUUUUUUUUUUUUUUGGUAGUGAAUGAUUAGGAGCGAAUUGGGCAGGUUUUGGCGGCGUUUCUCAGUUUCAGUUGGAGUUACCAUUUCUCUCUUUCUUAUUCUUGUGGUUACUGAGCAAAUGAACCUUGAGUAUCCAUACGAGAUAGUGAAGCAGCUAGCUUCAAGCAACGCAGUUGUCCUUUUCAGUACGAGUGGCAACGAUUGCAUGUGCACCGUGGCCAAACGACUCCUCUUAGGCCUUGGCGUUGCCCCCAUUACCAUCGAGCUUGACCACCAUGUUGCAGGUCCCGACAUUCAAGCUGUCCUCUCUCGGCUCGCCGCAGAUGGCAGUCGACAGCCUAUCCCUGCCGUGUUUGUUGGUGGUAAGUUCCUUGGUGGCAUUGAAACCCUCAUCGCUUCCCACAUCAAUGGCACGUUGAUCCCUCUCCUCAAAGAUGCUGGUGCACUUUGGCUCUAAUGAUAUGAUUUUCUCUUAUAACACCCAUAGUAACUAGGUAGCUAGGGUUUCCGUAUAGCGUAUCAAUAAUGACGGACCUUGUUUCUUACUUGUCAGCUUCUUUGUCUUGAGCAUCAAAAUACGUAUCUAGACUAUUUCAUCGUUUCUUGUCUUCAGCAAACAUUACUCUUAGUUACUAAAUUCCUGUUUGUAGAAAUCCCUGACUUGAGAUCAUCAUCCAAGGAAGAAAAUAAAUUUGAAUAAUCUUCUAAUAUUCGAUAAUUAUUCCUAGUUCUUAGAUUACAAAG